CAUGAUGGAGCAUCUCUCCACAUUUACUCCGAAGUGGCGGGCAAUCCUUGUUAUGAUGCCCCCCACGUGCAUGGUGUCCAUCCUAUUCCGCCCCAGACAUCGGGCGAAAGAGGUGGCUACCAGCGAUCCCAGAUGGAUCGACUUUGGAGGAUGCCUCAGGGAGAAGAGAGCCAGAAGCCCUCUGUUCAUCAUCAGAUGUCCCUACUGCAGGUUGGGGACGACCGAUCGGGUGAGCAAAUUGUGGAGAAUCCUCCAGGGAGUCCUCAGCUUCACCGCAUUGGUGCGGCUCGCCUCGUACUUGUGCUCAGGACGGCAGAGGGCCCGGAAUGCGGCUUGAUAAUGGAAGUCAACGGUAACCUGCCACUCUGUCAUCGUCAUAUGAGUCGGGUCAAGCCCCAUGGCCUAGGCGAAAGCGCCAUAGGUCAACACUUGGGGCUGACCUCCCAACAUGAACCCCACGUACAGCCGGCUCCUCUUGCCAGUCGGGACCACAUGGGCGAACAUGGAGUAGAACUCCACGCACAACUCGUGCUAGAUGUGCUCGUCCAUGGUGAGCAACAGGCGCCACUGGGGGUGACAGACGAACCCCGACAUUGCAGCUCGGCACCUAAAUUGUUAAACAUGUCCAGAUCCAGCCGCCAGUGUGGCCUGACCGGGCUAUCCCUAUGGUAGGCGAACUUGUCGCCAAACCUCGCAUGGUUCACCAGAUAAUUGAUGAACCCGUGCUCCACGUUAAGCAUCAUGCAAAAUUUGGCAAAUAAACACCACAUGUGGAA